AUGAAUACGAGUGGCGUCCCCAACGCCCCGAAUCCGGGGACUUCACGUACUUUCCAGUUCGAUCUCAACGAUGUUUGUUGUUUGAAAUCAAAUCCAUCUUUAACGGGUAUUGUUGUAAGGACAUAUCUCGAUGUGUAUCCGUUGGGACCACCGGAAGAUGAUUUAAUGGUCUCAUAUACAUCAGUGCCACAAGAUGUCCUGACUGAGUACUUACAAACCGGUGUGCCACGCAAAGGAUAUGUCAUUGUUCAGUUCAAAUGGGUUUCGCAAGGGUGUUCUCUCAUCCACGAGGAUGAUCUCGAACUUCUCGACCGGUGCAUCAACUUCGGUAGCUAUGUCAAGAGACCGGACGACACAAUGUGUGGCACGGUCAUCGGUGCAUCCGCUACGUGCACACUCGAGCCGAUUGCGUAUCGUAACUAUGACGAGUCGUUGGGCGAAUAUGGCUCCGUCGAGUUCAACGAACGGCUCAUGCCUCGCAGCCGCAGAAGACCCGGGACCGAUUCUUCGCGUCCUUUGCCAGUACAUGAUGUGCCUUUGUCUGAGCUCAUGCAUCAUGAGCCGUUUAUCAACGAUGACUUGAUCAUUUACCAUCAGAAACUGGGAAUCAUUCGGCAGGUCGACCGGGAUGCUAUUUUGCGUGUUUCCAACGUGCCUGUCUCGCUUGUUGAUCCCAAGGACCUUGAAGUUCCCUGUCAUUUCGAUGACAAUGAGCUCAUAUGGAUGCCCAAGGGCCAGCCAUGUAGAGUUGUGGACACUAACUUGCGAUACAUGGAGCAUGACUCCGUGAUUCCAGGUCAGUAUGUGUGUACGAAAUACAAGAAUAUGCGCGGAAUAAACGGGGGUACAGUUCCGAAGGAAGAUCCCCGUUCCUUUGCCCACGGCCACGUCCUGUCCACGCCAGCUACGGAGUAUAAGGUUGAAUGGCUUUGUACGAAUGUAUUCGGUCUCGGAACAUGUGAGAUCCCGAAUGGAAUAGAGACUCUCAGGGCAUCGGUCUUGGAACGCGAUGCUGUGAUAUGCGACUUCGAGAACUCGACUGGGGGAACAGUGAAAUCGGCCACCUCACUUCAAAUCGGUGAUAUGAUACGUUUUCGAGAUCCGAAAAGCUCCUCUCAAAAAUACUCUUACCAACAUAUUCCUCCUGAAGAGACUUUUGGAUAUGAUAUGAACAUGUUUCAUAUUACGUCAAGAAAGACAGCACUGACCGUCAGAUGGUUGGACGGGAGUGUCACCACCGAAGAUUUAAAAUGCCUUCGUUGGGACCCCGGGCUUGAUGAAAAUAUAUGGCCCGGGAGCAUCGUCGUUCUGAAGGAUGGGAUUGAGACCAUGCAUUGGCCCGGCUUGGAAACCACAUCUGCAUAUAUCCGGCAACUGCCUAGUCAUAGGAGACACAGGGAAUCAAAAAUCCGAGCAAGAGCAGUAGGUGUGGUCCAAGCUGUUAACAUUCGCGAGCGAAUAGUUACUGUCCGAUGGUAUAAGGAUCCUUAUCUUAUACUCUUGCAUGGCGGGCAGAUCCUAGCUUCUCUCUACUCUAAGCUGGGCGAGCUGGGUGAUACAAUCAGCCAAGUAUCUCUGUAUGAGCUCGACGUGUUUCCUUGUCUGGAAAGAUCACAUGGUGAUAUUGUACUUCUCGCCCCAGACACCAUCCAUACCUCGGUCUUGACGGAAGGGUCACUGAGUGCAUACAACGUCGCUGGUCCUUGCACAUUUAGUUAUACAUCGUCAUUGUCACUUUCGCAGAUGCACUCAUACCUCAAGGAUAUGAGUCUCGCCAUGUUUCAUUGGGAAUGGUUCAAAAGCACGACUACGGUUGACACCUCACCUCUUCCUCCGAGACAUAGUCACCACUAUCAGCGUAAGCUCAGUGAAAGAUCCACUGCAGACUUCGUCGGCCAGAUCAUUGCGAUUGAUGUUAAUGGUGAGAUUACUGUUCGGCUAGCUGGUACUUGUCGCGACGUCCGCGUUCCGUUUGAAAGGAUCAUGAUGGUCAUGGAUGGAGGCUUCACCACUCCACUUGGGGUUCCAGCUCCAGGUGAUCUAUCGACCAUGUCUAUGAACUCAGCUUAUACAUAUAAAGAAGAGGGUCCAGGAGUUGGUGAUGAGGAGGGGCUUUUACAUUUUGAUGAUGAAGAAGGUGAUGUUGAAGAUAUGUCGGAGAUCAAAUGCGCUGUAUAUCGAUAUGUCAAUUCUAGUUCUGCAGAUGACGGCUAUUCCGAAGAUGCAGACAUGAAGACAGAGAAUGACUCCGACUUUGACAUGAGAGAUGCUUCGGAUGGAGUAGUUGAACAGAGUGAGGAAAUGACAUUACCUCCAGGGUUCCUCAUAUUGGAAGGCCCCCCUCCCUCCGAUCAUCAUUUUAUCUCGAAGGAUGGUGCAGGGGGCUCGGCCUUACGAAUCAAGCGUAUCCAAAAGGAGUGCGACAUACUCGAUGAAUCACUCCCUCCAGGGAUCUUUGUGCGAGCAUGGGAGUCGAGGAUGGACCUGCUCAGGGUUUUGUUCAUUGGGCCGGAGGGGACCCCUUACCAAUAUGCGCCGAUCCUGAUAGACUUCCAUUUCCCAGAAGACUUUCCUAGAAAACCACCUGAGGCAUUCUUUCACUCGUGGAUCGGCGGCCAAGGAAGGAUCAAUCCGAACCUCUACGAAGAUGGUAAGAUCUGUCUGAGCAUUCUAGGAACAUGGCCCACUCAGAACCCGGAUGAAAUGUGGUCAGCAACCAAGUCCACUAUUUUACAGGUUCUGGUCUCGAUUAUGGGGUUGGUUCUUGUGCAAAGCCCCUUCUACAAUGAGGCCGGGUAUGAAGUUUUUGCUGCGGAGGGCGGUAGACGAGUCGAGUCAGACAAGUAUACAGAAAAGACAUUCUUGACUACUCGCAGAUAUAUCAAGUAUGCCCUAGAUCAUCAAGUAAGUGGCAUGGAGGACAUUGUGGCUUGGAACUAUUUGCCUAGUCGCUUGAAUUCAGAAGACUGCAGCAGGCCACUCCUGCUCCGUCGCGCUAUCGAUACGGCAUUGGCGAUGAUAGAGCAUGAGGGGCAUACCAGCAGUGGAGAAGAGCGCAGUGCCUCGGCGUUUGUCUCGCGUCUUAGCCUGGGAGCUGUGGUCAUGCUGCGAAAGUAUAUCACGGAGCUUGAGGCUUUGGAGGUAGAUGCGACU